GUGAGAGGAAGGUGCGUGACGUCAUAUCCCCGCGCCUUCAGAGAGAGAGAAAGAGAAGUCUCCUUGCUUGGCAACGCGAGGAAAGCGGGCCUUAGCAACCGAACUCGAGGCGGGUCUCCAGAGGGAGAGAAGGCCGCAGCGAAGGCAAGGAAGGGAAGGGGCUGUCAAUGGCGGCGCCGGGCCCUGCCCCGAGGCCCGAGGAGCCUGCCCAGGGCUCGCUGCCUCCGUCGGGGCCUAGUUCUCAGGGCGAGCCGGCGGGGCCUCCUCCGCUCCCGGCUGCUCCUCCUCCGCAGGCCCAGCAGCAGCCGCCUUCUUCGCAGCCUCCUCCUCCUCCGCAGCAACAGCAGCAGCAGCCUUCCCCGGCCGAGGCCAAGCUCCAGGCGCCGGCCCAGGCUCCCCCGCAGGCCUCCUCGGCCCAGCAGGCCUCGCCCUCCGCGGCGCCCCCCAGCCACGAGCAGGCCUCCUUCCUGCCCCUCGUCCACGACGUCAUCAAAUGUAUGGACAAAGACAGCCAGGAUGUCCACCAGAUGCUGAACGAACUGAGGACCAAAUUUGUGGAGAUGCGGAAGCUGGUCAAGUCCAUGCAGGGCAUCGGCAUGAGCCCCGAACAGCAGCAGCUCCAGCUCCAAAGCCUCCGGGAGCAAGUGAAAACCAAGAGCGAGUUGCUGCAGAAGUACAAGAGCCUUUGCAUGUUUGAGAUCCCCAAGGAAUAAGAAAGGAAAUGACUCUGCCCCUUCUUUUCCAGGGCACAGAAUGAAGGUGUGUCUACUCUGUCAAAUUAAUGUAGUUCAGUACACUUUAACUGCCAUGAUUCAAUGCUAUGGGAUCAUGGGAGACGUAGUUUGACAAUGAGCGUUGGUGCCUCACUAAAUUAUGAAUCCCCAGGAUUCCAUUGCAUUGAAUCAUGGCAAUUAAAGUGACAUCAAGCUGCAUCAAUUCUGCACCCUGGGCCAUCUCCAGUACUUAGUAAGGCCUUUGCCUGGUAUAUUACUUAUUCCUGGGACUCAUGUGUUCUGAUGGACUCUCUUUGGUGAAACACACUGUUAGUUUAUAUUUUGCAAUGUUUUUCAGGACUGGUUUUUGGGUACUCUUCCUAUACAAUGUAUAAUUUAUACGUGAAAAUUAUGUGCCGCAAUCAUGUUCAAACACAAAAAGAAAAGAUGGGGGAACUACAUGUUAGAACACAAACAAAUUCUGGAAAAUAAUAUGCACUCCUUGCAGUUAGAAACAUAAGAAGAGAAAGGCCUCCUGACACUCCAGCUUUCUAGAUGCAUGGAUUUGAAAAAUACAGGAUUUAUAUUCUAUACGUGGAUAGCCUCCUUCAUACUUUUAAAAAAUUCUUGCACUUAGGGCCUGACCUUUCUCUUGAGAGAUUAUAUUUUUAGAUGCAAUAUUUUGCAAUGUUCCUCAGGAUUGGUUUUUUGGGUGUUCCUCCUAUAGUUUCAUAUUAAAUGCUAGUGUGGGAUAGAGUUCCAUACUUGAAAAACCAUCUAUAUAUUUUUUUAAAUCCUUGUUCCUAAAAAGCUAGAGUGUCAGGGAGCCUGACUUUCCUCUUGAGAGUUUAUAUCUCUAGCUGCAAAGAGUCUAGUAUAUUUCAGAAGUGGUUUUUGUUUUAACGUGUAAUCUGCCAACUUUUUCAUUUGUAUUGUGAACAUCUGAUUGCGGCAAUGAUUUUUCCUGUAUAAACGAGAAGCAAAAAGGAGAGCGGGAAACAUUUUUCUAAUAUAUCCCACUCUCAGCUCCAUUAGAAAGCAAUUAUCCUGUUCCUUCUGCGAAGGACGCCAGCAGGAGGAAGCAGCAGGGAAGCCGAGGUUAUGUUUAUUUGAAAUCUGCAGAACUAGAACAGAGAGUGAUUCAUGGAAGCUUAUGGGGCGGUUGGGAUUGGGUCAAUGUUGUGUCCCAAUUUUUCUGGGAUUCUGUCAAAAUUUGUAGCCAAGGCCCCAGCAUACAAAUGUGUUGUCUGUGUGUACAUAUCUUUUUCAAAAAUUAUUUUUGUGUUGUUUAUUUUGAAUAAAUUCUUGUUUCUGUAA